UUCAACAUUUAAGCGAUUUAUUAGAUUCAUCAUAAAAUUUAUAAAAUUUUACUUAUUUUACUUAUUUACGACUAAUAAGUAUAAAGCUAAAUAUAAUAAAUAAUACUUAUUAAUUUUAAUAAAAGAAAAUCAUACAAAGCGGAUACUUUUCGAAAUGCUGAAAUGAAUUAUGCUGUUUAAAUAAAAACCAUUCAAAUACCAUGUAUCUAGUGCGAGCUAUCCAAUCUUUUAACACUACCACCUGUACAAAAGUCCAUACAUUUACAAAAAUAGCGGUACACUUUAUUUUACCAGUGAGAAACCAAAAUCGUCCUUACUGUCGUAAUAUACCAUUCAUAGGCCUAUACAAGAGAGUAAUCGGCACAUUACCCGAUGAUAUUUUAUUGCAUCUUGAAAAAAAGCACCCAAAGGUUAUUAGCUUAAGUGAAGAGAGUUUACAAUGUACUCUUCAAGUAUUAAAUAAGUUUGGUAUAUCUGCUGCUGAUGCUUGCUUUGAUCCACAUAUCUUCUGUAUGAAUCCCAUAUCAAUGGAUAACUAUGGAGAAAUUUUAAAAGAAUGCAACUUUACAAGUAUACUUCCUUCACACAUAAUAAGAUACCACACAUUAGUUAAAUCUAGAACAAUUGCUCAAUUAAAGGAAAAAGGUCUACUUAGGGAUGAUGUAAAGUUGGAGGAAAUACUACAUGAAAAUUUUCACGAGUGGCCCAAAGAGUGUCAACAACCUAAAACUUUUCAAGACACAGAUACAAAUAUUUUAACAAUACGGAUGAGUGUCCUAGAAAGCUACUUACAAUGGAAGCUAUGCAUAACAACAGAUGAAUUUAGAAAAUACUGUAAAAAUUAUCUUCCACUAAAACAUAGACCAAUGUGUGAUAUCAAAGAGGCACUAAAUAUUGCUGAGAAUGAUAUUAAAUUCAAUAUGGACACAAUAAGGAGGAAUGGCUUCAUCAUAUCAUCAGAUCCAACAAACACUAAACUUAUAUUGGAAAAUGUUGAUACAUUAGGUGGAGUAGAUGUCAGAAAGGUUAUAAGAUCUGAACCAGCAUUACUGAAAAAUAAUUACAGAGCCAUUUUGGAAAUUAAAAAAUUAUUAAUGCAAUACAACAUCUCGGAUGAUGCUCAACAACAUUACUUUAAAAUAUACUGUAUGCACCCGAGAACAGUACAAGAGCGCCUUGAGCAAUUAUCUAAACUGGCAGAAUACAAAAUUCUCUGCACAAACCCCAGAGUUCUCUACAUGGUAGUCCACGAACGCAAGAUGAUGAAUCGCCUAAACAAAAUACGAGCAGCUCGGAAACAGUGCUAUAGUCUGAACAAUUUAGUUGCCUCUACAAAACUAUUUAACACGUACAUAAGCAGUUUUGGUGAAAAAGUUUGCAGUAAGGAUAUUGCGAUAUUGAUAAGCUCAUCCCUUAACGUACAAGGGAUUACAAAUAAAUCGGUUUUGGACAAACUAAGGAAGCACAAAUAUAGUCUCCAUAUUGCAUUAAAUGUAAUAGGAGAAAACAUACACAGGUUGAAAAAACUGUUUGACGAUGAUGUAAUAUUUGACAACUGUCAAAUACUUUUAUAUCCUGUGUUGGAAUUAGAAAAAUUCAUUAACUGCUUCGUAAAAAUCCGCAAUGGCGACACGUCUGUGAAAGAAACCAGUAAAGUCGAAUUAGAUGCCACCUACAGUACUAUUGACUAUAGAAUACUUACAGACAGUCAGAUAUUAAGUCUGGUCUUAUAUGAAAUAGAAAAGAAGUAUCACUUCAGUGGGGACGGCAUUUGGAAUAGACUUGAGGGAGGGAUGACUGACACACAAAUAGCAAACAAAAAAUUAAAACAGUCUGCUAAUAAUUAAUUCAUUGAAAAAUGGUAAUGUACACAAAUGUAUUUAAAUCUAAUGACGAGGUAAGACAAACUGAGCACGGAAACGAUAUUUUAUUCUAUAGUCACAGAUUAAAGAAUAAUAAGCAGAUAGAGCUCACGGAACACGGCAGUGUUGCAGCCAUUCCAAAUACAAAUUAAAAAACUAAUAUAUUUUCGAGUCAGUACGACACGAAGCGUUUGCAUUAGUAAUUUACAAUAUUAUUUAAAAAAAUGGUGUCCUAGGUUAUUAAAUAUUUUAAAAACUGUUUACAAAAACUAAAAAAAUACGAUGGAGUAUUUUUAAAUUGGUACUUAUUGAUAUUAUUGGUCUAUUAUAAUAUUAAUUUACGUAAUUGUUGUUAGUGUUAAAUUUGAAAUACAAAUUAUGAUAAUGCGGAUGUCUAGGAGUCGCGUGACGUUUUUUUUUUAUGGAUUUCAACGGCCUUACCGCGCUGUUUUUAAAGACUCAUUCUGUGUCAUUCUUUAUUCUGUGACUACAUUGUACUGUGUAUAGUAUCAAAUCUUUGGGGCAAGAUAUGUUUUGCGAGUCGCGAGUUGAUUUGAACUUGUAGACUUGAAGUAACUUGUUUAUUAGAAUAUAUGUUAUUGAAGAAGUGUAAAUAAAACAAUAUAAAUAAGCA